UGGGGAAUGGUUCAUACUCAAUUCUCUUCAUCUCCCGACUGACGUGGCAAUAUUUGUUAUAAUUAACUCGCAUUAUUCCAACUGUUACAUUAACCCCAACUUAUUCCAACUGUUAUAUUAACCCCAACUUAUUCUAACUGUUAUAUAAACUCCAACUUAUGUACAUUGUGGGAUAAAUAACAAAGAACUAUAAAAAUAAUAAAAAAUAUAUAGAAGUGGAAAGAAUAAAUAGAAGUAAUAGGAACAUUUAGAAGUGAGAAGAGUACAUAGAAGUGUUACGAAUAUAUAUACAGAAGUGAAAAUAACAAAGAUUAUGUUGUGUUCAAGAAUCUUCAUCAUUCAAGGCCGUCUCGUGCAGAUGGUCGCUAUGGCGAUGGUUGUAACCUUCAUGAUUAUUUACAUGAAUUACAAAUGGGGCGGCAAAUCGGCGCUGACACGACUACGAACAAAUGACACAGAGUCUCAGUUCGACCAAAAGCACCUCAAGCUCAGCCAGCCAGGAGACGAGACUCAAGGGCGAGGGGAGAAAGGGAUCAAGGGAAACGAGGGAAAAAGGAAGAAAGCUUUUCGCGUUAAAGGGGAAAAGAAGAUACCUUCUCACGUAGACGAAGAGAAGAUCUCCCUUCCCGUGGACGAAGAGAAGAAGAUCAUCCAACACGUAGAAAGGGAGAAGAUGAUGUCAUCCUCCAAUUACUCCACUUCACCGCCGACUUUAAACUGGCAUAACUUCUACGAGUUCAUAACGGAGGCGGCUGGCUGCCAUAUUAUUAAAAUGUUUGGAGGCGUAACAUGGGAUGCGGGCAGGGACGGCGAUAAGGCGGUCUGCAUGGACGCGUACGUCGGUCCGGUCCCGGGCUCGUGCGUCGUCAUGUCCUUCGGCAUCAACAAUGAGUGGAGCUUUGACGAUGCCAUCGAAAAAUACGGAUGCAAGGUUACCAGUUCCGUCUUUUUUAUGUAGGCAGGGGGGCGCAGCCGUAGGCCACAAAUUUUACUCUUA